CGUUUCUCGGUGGUUUCUUGUUUGUUUUGUUUAUAUUCAUGCUUUGAUGAAUGAAUGGCAGCAAGGAAGAAAAUUUUCAUGGCGAUUCUUCUUCUGAUUUUCUUAUUCCUAUUCUCUAAUUCGAGAGCCGGGGAGCUAUCGUUCGGUGUAAAGCAACAUUUGUCCACUGUUACCAGAUAUGGUGCAGCGAAAGGUGGUCGUAAUAGUAACUAUGUUCCCGCUCCUGAUGGAUGUGUUCCAAUUCAUUUAAAUCUUGUGGCUAGGCACGGAACUCGUGCUCCAACCAAAAAACGGAUCAGAGAGUUAAACAACUUGGAAAAUCAGUUAGAGACGCUUUUAAAAUCUGCUGUAGGAAAUGGCUUGUCUCUGCAUAAAGUUCCUUCCUGGAUGAAGGGAUGGAAAUCUCCUUGGAGAGAAAAAGUGAAUGGUGGAGAAUUAAUUCCAGAAGGAGAGAAAGAAUUGUAUGAUCUUGGAAUCCGAACAAGAAAAUUGUUUUCUGACUUGUUUAGUGAUGAUUAUCACCCCAACGUAUAUACAAUCAGAGCAACUCAGAUUCCUCGGGCAUCAGCUAGUGCUGUGGCAUUUGGUAUGGGGCUAUUCAGUGGGCGAGGAAGCCUUGGAUCAGAUCGUCAUCGAGCUUUUUCUGUGGUCAGUGAGAGUCGUGCCAGUGAUACGAUGCUUAGGUUUUUUGAUUGCUGUCGGAGAUAUGAGGAUUACAGGAAGAAUCAGGAACCUGAAGUUGACAAGCUUAAGGAACCUGUACUUGAUGAUAUAACUAAGUCACUCUCUGAACGUUAUGGUCUAAAUUUUACCCAGCAGCACAUUUCAUCUCUUUGGUUUCUCUGUAAGCAGGAAGCAUCCUUAUUGGACAUAACGGAUCAAGCUUGUGGAUUGUUCAGCCCUUCGGAGGUUGCUUUGUUGGAGUGGACGGAUGAUAUGGAGGUGUUUAUAUUGAAGGGUUAUGGCAAUUCAUUAAACUAUAAAAUGGGAGUUCCUUUGUUGGAAGAUAUUGUUCAAUCCAUGGAGAAUGCUAUCACAGCCAAAGAAGAAAAUCAAGCUCCUGGCAGCUAUGAGAAGGCAAGACUUCGUUUCGCGCAUGCUGAAACUAUACUUCCAUUCACAUGUUUGCUCGGGCUCUUCCUUGAAGGAGAAGGACAUGUGUUUAAACGAAUCCAAAAGGAGCAGUCCUUGCAACUUCCUCCACGGCCUCCAGCUACUAGAAUCUGGAAGGGAAGCGCUGUUGCACCUUUUGCUGGUAAUAACAUGCUGGUUCUCUAUAGCUGCCCCGCUAACUCGUCGGCGGACGAGUACUUUGUGCGAGUCUUGCAUAAUGAAGAACCCAUAGCAAUGCCGGGUUGUGAUGGUUCAGAUUUUUGCUCCUUCCAAAUGUUUAAGGAUAAAAUUGUGGCUCCUCAUCUUGAACAUGAUUUCAACACGCUGUGCACUUUGAAUGGGGAAGAACCAAUGCCGCCACCCGAACCGAGUAAGUUAUCAUUGUUUCGUUGGCUCUUCUGGCUUCGCAAUGAUGAUAAACAACCUCGAAAAGAUGAAUUGUAAUAAAUGAUGCCUACUAACUAUACAAUCUUUGUUCUUGACAUUGUUUGUUUUCUUAACGUGUAUAUCAUCAACAGGCGCAGACGACGCCGAAUCCGGGUUUUACAUGUAGGCAGGAGUUUACUCAUUUUCCAUGCUAAUUUCGAGUUUCGUUUUACCCGGAUCUUGAGCUUCCAUCUGUUUCACAAAUCUCUUUUAUUUAAAGAUUUAGACUCAUACCAUUUGGCAUUUGCUUGGUGUUUUGUUUUACCACAAAAGGCAAAUGCUUCAUUUUUUGUACUUCUAAAUCAAGAUUUAGGUCACUCUUUUACGAUAUUCUUAUCUGUACAUACAUAAGGAAAAGGAUUGAGCUUGUUCGAACCCUUUUACCAUUUUUGUCCAAGCCUUCUAAAAUAUCUUUCUUUUGUUA